AUGGAGAGGCGGGCCGAGCCCCCGCCGCCACCGUUGGGCAAGACGAGCCGGGCCCCCGCCUUCCCCUUCUUCGGCCGGCGGAGGGGACCGGGGCCGGGACCGGGCCGGGGGACCAAGGCGGCGGCGGGGGCGGGUCGGGGCCCCGGGGGGCCGGGGCCGGGGCCGGGUCCGGCGGUGGGCCGCUCGCACAGCUUCCUGUCGCUGCUGCGGCGGGGCGGGGGCUCGUCCGGGGGCCCGUCCGGGGGCCCGGGCUCCGGGGGCCCGUCCGGACAAAAGCGGGGCCUGCGGGCCGUCCUGGCCGCCCUCCGCUGGGCCCGCAAGGAGGCCGCCCCCCGGCAGGAGGCCGCCCCGGAGCCCGCCGCCGCCGCCGCCGCCGCCGCCUCCGAGCCGCCCUCCGAGCCGUCCCUGGACCGCAUCUGCCUGCUGCUGGCGGACGUCUCCUCCCUCAAAAGCUUCGACUCCCUGACCGGCUGCGGGGACGUCACCGCCGAGCCGGACGACGAGGCCGCGGCCCCCGGAGGGCCCCCCGGAGGGCCCCCCGGAGGAGGAGGCCCCCCCGCCGCCGCCCCGCAGGACGCCUGGGGUCGCCUCGCCCGCACCCCCGGGACUCGGGGACCCCGGGACCCGGGCACAACCCCGGGCACAGCAACCCGAAACAGAGCACCGGACAGAGCGCCGGACAGAGCUCUGGACAUAACAUUGGACAGAGCCUCGGACAGAGCGCCGGACACAACACCGGACAGAGCACAGGAUAGAGCACUGGAUAGAACACUGGACAGAGCACUGGACAGAACACCGGACACAGCACCAGACGGAGCACUGGACAGAGAACAGGACAGAGCGCCGGACAGAACACAGGACACAGCGCCAGACAGAGCACUGGACAGAGAACAGGACAGAGCGCCGGACAGAACACCGGACACAGCAUCAGACAGAGUGCCGGACAGAGCACAGGACAGAGCACCAGACAGAGCUCCGGACAGAGCACCGGACAGAGCACCGGACAGAGCUCCGGACAGAGCACAGGACAGAGCACCAGACAGAGCACCAGACGACAGAGCACUAGACAGAGCCCCAGAGAGAGUCCUGGACAGACCGCAGGACAGGGGGCCAGACAGAGUCCUGGACAGAGCACCAGACGACAGAGGAGCCCUGGACAGAGUCUUGGACAGAAUGCCGGCCAGAGUCCUGGACAGAGCCCCGGACAGAGCACCAGACAGACCCCCAGACAGACCCCCGGACAGACCCUCGGACAGAGCGCCGGACAGACUCUCAGACAGAGCGCCAGACAGAGCCCCGGACAGACCCUCAGACAGAGCGCCGGACAGAGCGCCGGACAGACCCUCAGACAGAGCGCCGGACAGAGCCCCGAGCAGAGCUCCGGACAGAGCCCCGGCCGUCGGGGCCCGGGAGGUUUCCGUGGUCAGUUCGGCAGCCGCCCGCCCGCGGCUCCACCGGAUCCCCAUCCCCGUGCCCCACAAGGAGGACCCCGCGUUCAGGGACAAGGAGCCGCAGGAGGGGGUCCCCAACAGCGACGAGGGCUACUGGGACUCGACCACGCCGGGCCCCGAGGAGGACGGCACCCACCGCCUGCAAAAGGAGGGUCUCCCCAGAGACAGCUGCAGCGGCGACGCCCUGUACGACCUCUACGCCGACCCCGACGCGGCCCCCGACCCCGAGACCCCCGGCGGCGGGCCGCGGUCCAAGCCGGCGUCCCCCGGCCCGGUGAGCGGUCCCCUCAAGACCCCCGGCGGCGCCCUCAAGGACUCCAAGAUCCCCAUCAGCGUCAAGCACCUCCCCGCCGGCCACCACGUGGGCCACCACCUGCCGCCCAGGAGCGAAGCCCCCAGAACCAAAAUCCCCGUGUCCAAAGUGUUGGUCCGGCGGGUCAGCCACCGGGGCUUGGUGGGGACCGCGCUCAGACCGGCCGCAGCUUGCCACGACAGUGCCAAGAAGCUGUGACAGCCUUGGGCCUAGACGGGCAGCGCCCUGGGUAGCCAUGGUCCUCUCCGCCCUGCGCCCUCCUCGCCAAAUCCCACUUCUCCGGGAGGACGGACCCCCCCUUGACCUCCCCCCUCCACACACACACACAUAUACACACACACACACACACACACACACACCCCACCCAUCGGGGGUCAGCCCCCGCGGACCCCCAUGGAGAGGGAGGGGAUCGGAGAGGUGGGGAAGCUGCACCCCACCCCACCACCUCCUCUCUCCAGGGAAGAAGCAGUGGGUUCUUUUAAAAGCCUUUUAAAAAGAAUCUUUGUAUCUGUUUUUCAAGCACUAACCUUGCCCACCCCUUCCCCUCCCGUCCCCACACCAGUCUUUGCGGAAUUGGGACAUUUUCCCCCUUCGCCUCGGGAGCUUCCGCCUGGACUGCCCGAUGACAUUAUCAACGGUCUUCCCUGAGGGGGGGCGGGGUGGAGGAGACCCCCACCGCACCCCCCUCCUCCCCACCCCCCGACCUCGCUGCAGGACAUAUUGAGUCCUUAUUUAUUUUAUUUUAUUUUUCCGAAAAAUGACCCCUUGGCCUACUACUUUAGAAAUAAAGCCUCCCACCGCCCCGAUGUGAAAGUACCCGGGUAUUUACGGACCACGCAGAGAGAAGCGGCAGUGAGUGGGAGACCCAGGUCGCUCUGUGGGGCUGACUGACCCCGACGGUGGUUCUUGGAAAGGGAAAUGGCUUAUUUCUGCUAGUUGGGGUGCAGGAGGAAUGAGCGCGGACCCCGUGGGUGGGUGGGCCCUUGGGCACAGUCUUAGCUUCCAGUGUCCUUUUCCAGAGGGAAUCGGGGUCAGGGAACGGUCUCACAGAACACCGAUGCACGUCCAGCCAUCGAACCUCACAGCCUUCUGGCCAUGGAGACUGAUGCAUUAUCAUGGUUUCACUAGGUGCUUUACCAUGUCUUCGACCAGCCAGGAUUCUGGAGUUUCAGGGUUGGUUUUCAGAGCUCGAUAAAGUGAUGAUACAUCAGCUGGGGGGCCUUUUCCGUCCUUCUUGUGCUAGCGCGAAAGUGUUUCCGUGUUGAGCUGUUUUCUGUCAUCAAAAGUCCGGUGGGCCGAGGCCUUGCCGGAUGAAGGGUCUAGCGUUUUUACUUCCAACUUCUCCUUCCCAAGGAGCGUCAUAUGGGCAGGCUCCACUCAGUGGGAGGAAAGCCAGGGAGGAAAAUGGGAAUGUGUGGCUCUUUAUGGCCAGUUUGGUUUUCGGUUUAAUGACCUUUUGAUGCAAAAAGAGGUGUUGAAAAUAUACAACUGAGUGAUUUGGGUUUUCUGGAUACUUUUGUGGAUGAUUUUCCCGCCCCGCAGAAAAGUGGCUUCUGAAACUGUGCGUCGUCCAUCUCUUUAGACCAAGAAAAAAAAAAAAUCGGUUCUCAAGGUUCGUGUAAUGGGUGAGCCUAAAUUUGGUAUGAUAGACUCAAAAGACCGCUGUGAUGCCAGAGAGAGAAAAUGAGUAAUAUACAUACCAUGCGUAUACAUAUACAUGUAUAUGCGUAUACAUAUACAUAUGCGUAUACAUAUGCGUAUACAUAAAUGUCAAAAUACACCGUUUAUGCAUAGCUAGGUCUAGGUAUCUGGAGAUUAGAGUUUCUGAAGGGAGCUGUUUCGGGCAUUAGAGAGAUUAGAAUUGCUUUUUCAGAUCAUAAAAACCAAAUUGAGUUAAUCCCAUCAAUAUCAACUCCCGCUUCCCUGAGUGAUGCCUCUAACGUUCCACAGGCUUUCGCUCUAAUUUUGCUCUAAUGUCCGAGCAGAAUGAAUUGCCAUUUUAAAGGUUUGAAGACCGGUUUUGGUGAAACGGAGGCUGUAACCAGGAAAGGUAUUUUGGCUGAAGGAUAUGUCGAGUUGGGCCUGAAGUGGGAUGCUCUCCUCUUUUCUCAUCUUGGAGGCCUCUUGGGAGGAGAAGCUCUCUUUCCUGACUUGGUCCUUUUGAGACCCAAACUCGGUUUCUAUGGCUCGAUUUCAGAUCCCUGGCGUCGACUCCAACUAACGUCUCGCAUUCAGCUUCCCUCUGACGUUGCCCUGCGCGAUGCGAGAGCUCCCCAGCCGCCUUCCGCUCACGGUAACCGUGCGCGCGGCUCUUCGGGCAACGUGACCAGGGGGCUUGGCCGUGAUCGGCUUAACUCGUCUGAAAAUUCAGGCCAAGACACCUGCUUGGGGCCUGGAUGAUCCAGUCUAGCAGCCGACGUCGACUGAACGAACCUGACAAGGAUCUCUGGCAUUUAUUCAGCGCUUGCUUUUGUGCAGAGUGCUGUCUGCAACACUGGGGAAAGGCACAGGGGUACUGAAUCGUUAGACCCGGCCUGGCUUGUUACUUAGCUCCCUGUGACCUCUGUGAGCUCCGGGUAGAGCAGGGACUGACCCCAGGCUCUACCCCAGGGUGUAGCACAGGACUUAGAGAGAGCGCCAAAUCAAGGCCAUUAAAAAAAGAAAACGUGGCCCCGCUCCCGGCUGCGCCUCUGCAAGUAGAUCUAGAGUCCCUGGCAAUUGAUCGUCAGUGCGGGGUACCGGAGCUGAGCUCACCGCGUGGCUCGGUGCCCGUCGGCUCACAAAGUCUGCGUGGGCAGUGGGGCCGACCGCCCACGGGGAACCGUUCUGGCCACAAAGUCCACCCCGGAGUGUCCUCAAACCCUCUUAUCUCUGCCUGCCGGCCAACGGCCAGUCACCUAGCGACACGGGGGAAGCCCAGUGCCUUGCUGAAUAAACUUCUUGAAGCAUGAGGGCAUUCGUUUCGAAUUGAGAAAGGGAAUUGGAUCUGACCCAACAGUGCUGGUGGCUUCUGGAAUGGACCGAUUCAGUCAGUCAGUCAGUCAGUCAUAUUUAUCGAUGGCUUACUGUGUGCAGAGCACUGUAUUAAGCGCUUGGCAACGUAUAGAGACGGUCCCUACCCAAGAACCGGCUCACAGUCUAGAAGGGACCGAUGAGUUCUCCCUUAGAUGACUGUCCAAACCAAGGGAUGCUAAUCCCAACCGCUGAACCACGGGUCUUUAUUUCUUCCUGACCUACCUGUUCCUGAGCAAGAAUCACAUGUCCUUCAGUUAGAGGAUCCGGAAAUGCUUCAUUUGACCGUUUCAGUGAAAGGACAGGUGCAAAGGAAGGAGUCCCCGGGGCACACGAACUUGGGGAUAGAGAGUGGAUGUUGCCAAGGAUGAGUUGAGCACCGGUAGUAACGAAGGUGCCCAGAGAAGCGUGUGGUUAUAUGCUUAGAACAGUGCUUUGCAUAUAGUAAGUGCUUAAAAAUGCCAUUAUUAUUAUUAUUAUUACAUCACUUGUAAGGCAGCCAUCUCCACUCGGAACCAUUUACUGAUCUGCCUCCGGGCUCAUUUCGGGAGCCAAGAAAACCGAGAUGGAGGAGCUUUUUGUAUUCAUCCCGCUUGACCUGAAUAAGAAUAAGCAAGGAGUUAAAUUGUUUUCCCUUCUUCCCUUCUCCUUUUCUCUCUCAUGGUCUCCCUAAAUUGUAUUCAUUUUAUCCUCUGCUAGUGAGUUGCACCAGCCCGGAACUAAUUGCUCCCAGGAAGUAGGUCAAACUUGCUUCUGCUGCUCCUUAUCUGAGUGGCUCUUGGGGCUCACGUCCACCAACUCUGUUUAUUGUAUUCUCCCAAGUGCUUCGAACAGUGCUCUGCACGCAGUAAGCGCUCGAUCAAUUCAAUGGCUAGAUCGAUUGAGGAAGGGAGAGUAACUGCCUCAUCUUUCUUCCUAGAAGUCAUCUCUGCUUCUGUCCCACCUCAAACUCAGCCACUUCCUCCUGUCUGUGGGUUCUUUCUUCCAUUCGAGGGAACCCCCGGGUGCGACAGGGGUUGUGUCUGUUUAUAUUUGUACCUGCCCCAGUGCUUAGCAUUGUGCUUGGCACAUAGUAAAUGCUUGGUAAAUACUGCGACUAAGUAGCUGUGGCCAUCUCUGAUAGAUCGUAAACUCCUAAAAGGAAGGGCUCACAUCUACUCACUCUAUUGUACUCUCUUAAGCCGUUGCCCAGCGCUAUGCCCACAAUAGGUGCUCAAUCGCUAUUACAGAUUAGCCACUUUUGCUAGAUUGUACAUUUCUCGAGGGCAGGCAUCAUGUCUUCUAGUUUUAGUUCUAGUUUCCUAGUAUUCUCCCUAGCCCUUAGUACAGUGCUCUGCAUGCAGUAAGCAUUCAGUCAAUACCAUCGCUUGAUCACUGGGGGAAAGUGUCCCCAAAAUGCCCAUAUGUGGAUGUGGGGAUUGUAACCCAAAAUUCACUUUGGGAGCCACUUGUCCAGGAAGGUGGCUAGCUUUCCGGGGAGUGUGGCUGGGACAGAUGCUCUGCUCACGUUUCUAGGAGGUUGAGCAGGACAACUCAUUUCAGAUUUGGGGCCUAUAAUUCUUCUCAAACGGCUAGGCGGGUUGGUGUUUGUAUCCUCCAGUUACGAAACAAUUAGAAAGCCCUAUUUAUCCUAUUCUUUUUAACCUUAAAAGGGAAUAUGUUUUAUCACUGCAAAACAGCAUCACAGGUCAAAAAAACUUCCCCAAGAUAGAACCAGUAGCUCCACAAAUCAUCUCCCUCGAAGGGGCUUGACCAUAUUCUGGGACUUGGGUGACUCGCUCAAUCCGCUCGCCUUUUGAAUCCCAAAUCCUGACGACUUGCUGAACUCAAAAAUCGGAAUAGACUGCGGUUACACCGAAUCCAGAAGGACAAGGAGUAAUCCUCGUAGGUAUCCAGGUCAACAAACAUUGAAAAGUUUGCUUUCCUAUAGGCGCUGAGCUGUUCAGCGUUCUCCUCAAGGGGAGAGACGGUCCCUCGGCCUUUCAAGUCAGUCUCGAGAAACCUCUCCUUCUGACUCUGGAGUAUCUUCACUGUGUUUCUCGUUCUACCUUUCUACCCUGAAUUCAGACCUCCACUUUCCUCCCUCGAGCACAACGGGCUGGCCUGAUGGUUCCGUUUCCUCAUCCACGUGGCUCGUAGCCUGUCCCUCAACUAUAAGGGGAGGGGCCCAUUUCGGAGGAAGGGCCCU